AUGUUAUUUAAUAGCGGUGACAGAGUUGAAGUCUUGAGCAAACAAGAUGGCUUCUUGGGUUCCUACUACGAAGGAAUCGUGAUCAAAGAAGUUGCAGACAGAGAGUACCAAGUAAUGUACAAGAAUCUUGUCGACGAGGUCUCGAAAAUGCCACUGUUGGAGGCUGUCAAGGAGGAGGAUCUUCGGCCCGCGCCACCUAAGGUUCAUGCAAUGCAGUUUGGCCUAGGAGAGCUGGUUGAUGCAUUCGACAGAGAUGGAUGGUGGGUUGGUGUGGUGGUUUCGGAGAAGUCUCCAGGCACUUAUGGCGUGUUCUUCGACUUGUAUCCUGAGUACAAGUGUGUGUAUCCAGCAAGCAGUUUGAGAGUUCAUCAAGAUUGGGUUAACAACAAGCAGUGGCUUUCAUCUUUGCAGUACUAG